UCUGUGUCUGGCUGUGUCAUACAAUCUCAUCUCUUUCAACUUCAAUACCCCAAAGCUCCUAGCAAUUCAGCUUUCCCAGUUCAAAUUGGUGCCGAAUCAACAUAGGUAGAAAGUCAUGGGGCACAAAGCAAAAUCCAAAGAGCGGAAAGAGAAAAGAUUGCAAGAGAUAUCUCUUCUCAGGACCAUUCCAUAUGCUGAUCACCAGAGGUGGUGGUCUAAGGAAACAAUUGCCGUGGUCACGGGAGGAAACAGAGGAAUUGGGUUCGAGAUCUCUAGACAACUUGCUGAUCAUGGAGUAACAGUAAUACUAACAUCAAGAGAUGCUAGUGUUGGCGUUGAAUCGAUUAAGGUCUUGCAAGAGGGUGGUCUGCAGGAGGUGGCAUGUCAUCAACUUGAUAUUCUAGAUAAUUCUUCAAUCAACCAAUUUUGUGAGUGGUUGAAGGAGAAUUAUGGUGGCUUGGAUAUUCUCGUAAACAACGCCGGUGUUAAUUUCAAUCUGGGGUCUGAUAAUUCCGUUGAAAAUGCUAGUUUGGUCAUUGAAACAAAUUAUUAUGGUACCAAACGUAUGAUUCAAGCGAUGGUUCCAUUGAUGAAGCCAUCCUCUCCUGGUGGACGUAUUGUAAAUUUGAGCUCGCGUCUAGGUCGACUAAACGGCAAACGAAAUAGAUUGGAGAAUGAAUCAUUGAGGGAGCAACUAAGUGAUGUGGAAUCCCUGACAGAGGAAGUGAUAGAUGGUAUGGUGUCAACUUUUCUGCAACAAGUGGAAGAUGGAAGUUGGGAAUCAGGAGGGUGGCCUCCAUCGUUCACUGACUACUCAGUGUCAAAGCUAGCAGUGAAUGCUUACACAAGGUUCAUAGCAAAAAAGUUUUCUGAGAGGCCCGAUGGUGAAAAGAUUUACAUCAACAGCUAUUGCCCCGGUUGGGUGAAAACCGCUCUCACAGGCUAUGCAGGAAGUAUCUCAGUUGAGGAUGGUGCUGAUACUGGUGUCUGGCUUUCCCUUCUUCCUGACCAAGCUAUCUCGGGCAAGUUCUUUGCAGAGAGACGGGAAAUUAACUUUUGAUUGAUGUGUCAAUUUGGAACCAACUUCAUCUGCUUCAUGUUCCAUGUUUUCAGAUUGAGAAUGAUAGAUUCAUAGGUUACCCAAACAAAAGAUUCACUUGGAACUCUUAAUACCACCCUACGUCUUCAAUGUUAUUAUUUUAAGUCACCACUUCAUUCUUUUGUUAGAUAUUUACCGAGGAAAGGAAGUUACUGCAUGUUUCUUAAUUGUUACUUUAACUGUGCUAUCUUCCAGUUGCUAAAUUCAUUAAUGCAUGUUACAAAUAGAGCAAAAGAGGAAACAGUUCUUCUUUCCCCUAUCAAUCAAUUUGCGAUGUCAGGCAGGGAACCUUUUUCUAUUUUCUUUUUUUACAUUAUAAUUAAGAAAAAGAGGAGACAGAAUUAUCUAUAACAAAGGGUACAAUUGAUGCUCAAAAGAAACUGUGUAGGGUAAGAUAUUAGGAAUGUAUUUAUCAUUGUUUCUGAAGUGAAUUAAGUUUAUUAGGCCUUUUAAUACAAACAAAUGAGGAAGGCUCCGCAUCCCGUUAUCACUUUCAGGUACUUAUUUUUCACCUCUUCUCUUCUCUUCUUUUUCUUUCCAACGUGAUUGUAGCGUUUCCCAGGCCCCUUUCACUGGUAACUCCCUCUCCCUCGAUUUAUCCGACGAAGAAACCAAAAGACGCUUGUUCAACAGGUCAUUUGAUGAUUUUGUUGGAGGAUUUACUUUGCAAGUUCUGAUAAAAAUGGAAAUGAGAAAGCAACUAGUAGCUUAACUUUGAGAGACAGAUCCGUUGAUUUGUGUUCAUGUCACUUCAAAAAUCAAAAUCCUAUUCCAGAUUUAUGGAAGUGGAUAUCUGGGCAAGAGCAACCCCCAGAAUCAAUCAGCAUCAACCCAGUCUUUGCUGCAGUGCGAGAAGGAGUUACGAACAAUCUUGAGGGUCAUUCUGCUCCUGAAACAAGAGCAACACCUGGCCAACCAUGGGUGAGAGGCUGGGAUGAUAUUAAGAAAUUUCGAUCAGUAGCUUGAGAAUAAACAAUCUUUUUAUUUGUUACAAUGAAAAAAAAAAAA